AGGCGCAAGAUGUCAUUAUCGACAUUAACCAGAAAGCGACCACGCAUUAAAGCUGUUGAUGUCCAUUGGUGCAUCGACAAUGUAGCCAAUCUGUCUGUCCAAACAUUUGCGAUCACGUUCAAGCACUAUGACCGCCAGCAUUGCCAUUCGCGUUACAAUAUAAUCUUGGACUCUCAUAUACCAGAAGAGCACAAAAGUCGACUUCAAGACGAAUUUGAACAUGGCGAAAAACCAUAG